AUGAGAACUUACGACGACACCUUCUCUGGCCAGAGAAUCUACCCUGGCAAGGGCAAGCUCUACAUCAGAGGCGACAGCAAGAUCUUCCGAUUCCAGAACGGCAAGUCCGAGUCGCUCUUCCUCCAGCGCAAGAACCCCCGCCGAAUCGCCUGGACCGUCCUGUUCCGAAGACAGCACCGCAAGGGUAUCACUGAGGAAGCUGCCAAGAAGCGAACCCGCCGAACCGUCAAGGCCCAGCGUGCUAUCGUUGGUGCGUCCCUCGAUGUCAUCAAGGAGAAGCGGUCCAUGAGACCCGAGGCCCGCUCAGCCGCCCGCGCGCAAGCCAUCAAGGAGAGUAAGGAGAAGAAGGCCGAGUCCGCCGCAGCCAAGAAGUCGGAGAAAGCCAAGAACGCCGCCACUGCCUCCAAGGGCCAGACUCAGCGUAUCGUCGGCAAGCAGGGAGCCAAGGGCUCAGCACCCAAGGUCAAGGCCACGACCCGUUAA